CUCUGAUUGAUAACUUUGAUACUUAAAAUAGGAUUGCAUGCUGACACCUUGAGGAAGACUUAUCACUCAGGAAUCAGUUGAGCAACACCCACUUUUAAGGUUUCUAGUGCACCCUUUUUGCAUGAUGCACAUUCCUUUUUCCCACGUGCUCCGAAAAUGUUCAAUUUUGAUUCGUUGCAACAUACGAGUAUUUAUCAGCAAGCUAUUGAUGAUAGUGAUGAUAGUGAUGGAGAAGGUGGAAUGGGUAAUGUCAACCGGCUGAUUAUGCGCCCCGCGGGGCAUUCUGGUAAAGCCAAGCGUGGUCACCUCUGCUUUGACGCUUCCUUUGAGACCGGAAAUCUGGGCCGAGUUGACCUCGUCAAUGACUACGAGUAUGACCUCUAUGUACGGCCGGAUACUUGUUGUCCCAAAUUGCGGUUUUGGUUUAAUUUUACCGUGGAUAACGUUAGACUUCAACAGAGAGUGGUUUUUAACAUUGUAAACUUCAGUAAAGCGCGUAAUUUAUUCAACGGGGAUGGUUUAAUGGUACCCAUUGUAAGAUCUACGAGUAGAUCAAAAUGGCAGCGUAUUCCUAAACGUAUGGUGUUUUAUCAACGUUCGGUAGCGCAUAAAAAUCAAUACGUUUUGAGUUUUGCGUUUGUUUUUGAUAAAGAGGAUGAGAUUUAUCAUUUUGCGUUGACUUAUCCUUAUGGGUACAAUAGAGCCCAAGCGUUUUUGGGCCAACUAGAGACUAAAUGCGCUGAUUUAGGAGAAGGUUUCAAAAGGGAGUGUAUUGGUAACACAAUUCAAAAAAGACCUGUGGAUCUACUAACAAUUGGUAACAAUUCACCUAUCACUGGGACCAAACGUAGAAUAGUUGUUAUCAUCGCAAGGACGCAUCCUGGGCAAGCUCCAACUAGUUUUGUAUGUCAAGGAAUGAUUGAACUCUUAAUCAGCGCACAUUCUAUUGCUACUAAACUACGUGAACAUAUUUUAUUCAAAAUAAUCCCUAUGUUAAACCCUGAUGGUGUAUUUGUUGGUAACUAUCGCAGUACGAUUAUCGGCGCUGACUUAAAUCGCAUGUGGCAUCGUGCAUCGCCAUUUGCGCAUCCUGCUUUAACAGCAAUCAUUGCACAUUUGACAGAGUAUGAAAAAAACAAAGACUAUCAAAUUGAUUUUGUAAUUGAUAUCCACGCACAUGCAAGCCUCCUGGGUAGUUUCAUCUACGGGAAUAGUUACGAUGAUGUAUACAGGAAUGAAAGGCAUAUAUUGUUUCCGAAGUUGUUGGGAAACAUGGCGGACGAUUUCGAUCCAAGAUCAUGCAUGUAUAACUCAUGUCCGUCAAAAGCUGGUACUGCACGACGCUACUUUUGUACAGCGUUCAAUGAUAAACUAAACGCAUACUCGUAUGAAGUAUCUAUGUUUGGGUACAAAUUAAAGUCAUCCGAUGCUGUUAUACCCUACACAGAAGAGAGUUAUAAAAGGUGUGGAAGAAACCUGCUUAAAGCACUUCUGGAGUAUUAUCGUGUCACAGAGGUGAUUCCGCUGAGUUUGACACAAGAUGUCAAAGAGAAAAGUACUCGCCGCGUGAAGAAAUCACGAAAAACACGACCGUGUAACAUUUCAUCGAGUAGAAGUCACACACAACGUGUUGCUGCGCCUGUGCAUUACAAAGAAAUUAAUAUGUAUUACGAUAGUGAGAGUUCUCCGGAACGCGAGGAUGAUCGCCCACUGUUCAGGAGUAAAUUCGGCAAGAAAACGCGUAAAAAUACUUCUAGUGGAAAAAAUAAAACAGAAAAUGUUUCCCGAAGUUCUUCGCCGGUUCUAAUGGUGAUGCCGCCUACAAAUGAGCCGUGUUUGACCAUAAUUGACUUUAACAUCAUCACAGAGAACGAACUCAAGAUGUAAGUGGUACAGUUUUGCUUUAAUAUUAUUGUACAACCAUACAAUCAUCAGUUAUAACAUCGUAAUAAGUAAAUCAAUAGAAAUGAAAUGUCAACUGUU